ACUCGCGGAAUUAUAAAAUACUACGCAAGCACUGAAUCUUCAGUGCUUGAGGUGAGAGUUUUAUCAACUAAAAUGGCAAAUUUUUUAUUAGAAAUUUUUAUAUAAUAUCACAACAAUAAACACUACAGAAAAAAGAUUAAGUACAUAACAUUGUUUUUCUUUGAUGGUAAUAAUUUAUUCCGUAAUAUUGCCAUUUGGUAUAUUGUAAUUCUUUUAUAAUCAUAACCUUUACCAAUACCACAGUGCCAAUACUUUACGUGUAUGUACUGCGCAUGGGCAAAUUUUCUUUGAAUUUCAAAUUCAGUUUGUAAUGAAACUCAUAUCCAUGAUAUUGGUCAUUCGAUUUUGGCAAUUCAGCUGAGAUAGCACUCUGUGUCAUGGCGUCCAAAACUCCUCCAACUCUAUAUACUUGUAUAUCUUAUCCAGGAAUUGUGAAAAAUGAAGAUAAAGUUCUGGAAACAUUGGGUGGAAUUGAAGCUAUCACACAGGCAAUGACAACUCGAAAUCGUCGACUUGAGUUACGAUUUCGACCAGAAGAUAUCUAUGCCAGGCCUACAUAUGGUGAUAGACAGUCAACAAUCAGUUUCCUUUUGAAAGUGAAAGUAAAACGGAAAAAGGACACCACCACUUCUUCAUCAAUGCUCAAAGAAAAUAAAGAAGUAAUCUGUGAGCCAAGUUUUAUUGGCCGAGUUGAAACAAUUUUCAGAUUCUCGAAUUUGUGUGAUUUCCAAUAUCUUCCUGUGGCAAGAAACAAGGAUGGUGCCAUGGAAAAUAUCUAUCAUGAUCUUAUGCCCAAAGACUUCCCUACUAGUGAAUGGUUUCAGCUGCCUAUGUCUCAUUUUCUUCCUCCUGCUAUCUACUCUAGGAUGGAUUCGAUACAGUCUUAUUUAUAUAGACAAGAGAAGCUGGAUUGUGAUGGGACAGAAGCACAAGCGAACAUAAUAGGCCGAACACGGCGCAGGAGGUCAGGCUUUGCCAUUUUUGUCACUUUCGAUGUUCCUUCAGUUCCUUGCAAACCAAGACCCAGCUCUCUCAAACUACUGGAGGUCAAAUUCCUGGCCAAGGACCACUACGAAAUAAUCAAACAGUGCUUCGAAAGACGUCCAAUCUGGUCCAAGACAGCUUUGGUGUAUGAGACCAAAUACAGAAACGAUGAAAUCAAAUACCUUCUACCCAGUGUUGCGUAUCAUUUUGUGUCUGGCCCGUUUCGUGUGAUGUGGGUUCGUAUUGGGUAUGACCCGAGAAAGGAUCCAUCAUCCCGUAUCUACCAAACACUCGACUACAGGAUUCCAUCAAAAGGUGGCAUCUCAAGAAAAAUUAAAGCAAAACGAAAAGCCGACACCUUACAACGCCUUCAACCAACCUCAGUGAACAGCAAUCCGAGAACACUGAAUAUGACAGAGGAUACUUCUGAUCGCGGCAGGGGUAAAGUCCAAAUCAACGAAAACACCUGCAUAUUUAGACGUGGGCUGAAUCCUCCUUCUCGUCAGAUGUUCUAUCAGUACUGUGAUGUUGAUGUGCCAGAAGUGAAGGAGAUGUUUGCGAGGCUGCCGAAGCUGGGCCCUGAUGCCCAGUGCGACAGGCAUCGAGGCUGGCUGCCACCCGGCUUCCUAGAGCGCUGCCGCGAAAUAAUAUCCAACAUUAUUGUCGCGCAGUUAGCAAACGAAGAAGAGGACAAGGCUGAAACUGAUUUGAAACAAGUUCAUGGAACAAAGAUGGAUGAUGAAAAUGAAGAAUACGAUGAUGAUGAUGAUGAUGAUGAUGAUGAUGAAGACGACGAAGAUGAUUUUGCUGAAGAGGCUUAUGACAAUGAUUAUGAUGACAAUACGGUAUUGUCUGAUAAUGCAUUUGAUGACUUAUGAACUUCCUUACGUUUUAUUGGAAAUCAUUAAAUACUCUUGAAUCUGGAA